AUGGGUUGGCACUUAUCCCCUUCACGAACGGUGAUUGGUUGGUUUGAAGGCGCCCUUCACGUGUUGGAGGAUCGCUUUACCAUCCGCAAAAAUGCAGAUCUUAUCCGCAUGCGAACAGAGGAAGAAGUGGAUGUCUUUUGGCGUGUGGUGACGGUUAUUCUGUGGAUUAUGUGUUCACAGGUGCGUCGCUAUGAUAUUGUUCUGCGUGGUUGUUCUCCUAUUGUGGUAGAGACGAUAGUGCCGCUACUGCGAGUAAUACUGGUGACGCAUGAGGCAAUGAGAAGAGAAGAAAUAAUGUCUUUGUCUUGUCCACAUUGUAUAGCUCGAUUAAAUAAUAAUAAUAAUAUUAAUAUUAAUAAUACACCAGCUGUGAGAAAUAGUUUAUCGCAGCAAAAACGAAAAGGACGUGUGGGACCACGAACAGCAUUUGUAGUGGAACAAUUCGUAUGGUUUACUAUUAUUUUGGCCUCAUUAGAUCUUAGAAAUAUUCAUCGAUUAUCUGUGGCUUUAUUUGUAGUUAAUACCAUUCAUUGGGCUCGUUUUGGACUUGGUUCAGCAGCAUGUUUAUUAGGUUUUUAUCUACUUAUAACUUAUUUUUGGCUCCCGUCGUAUUCGUUGCGGGAUACAUUUUUGGCAUUGUCAGGUCAGCGUUCGUGGGUGUAUACACUAUAUUCAAGUUACAGUUUGGCAUUUUCUCUUACUCUCCUUAUAACGGAUACACAAUUUCUACAACGUGCUCGUCGUGAAAUUAUAUGGAGAGUUCUUAAUGUAGCUGAAAACGUUGAGAAAAACCUUUUGAAUACACCUUUAAGGAAUAUAUUAAUAUUACGGCGUUUAUUUUUGGAUUACUUUUACUUUCUGGGAUUUAAUUUUGGUAUGGCGUUAUGUAUGUGGUUCUCUACUAUGAUGUUUGAAUGGGCCUUUGAUACAUCUUGUAUGGGUCUUCUCAGCACCGUAAUGGUCGGUUACAUCAUUUUAGGAAAGGGAAAAGGUGAAGAUUUUCAGAAAGCACUACGUGAGAGUAUUGUUUGCUUUCUUGCUUAUCUUUUCGUUAUUGGAUUUGUAGGUUAUUUUAUACCUGCACAUUCUCUCUCUUUUACUGCAAAUUGUGUAUCCUCUGGGUUCUUUAUAUUGUAUAUCGCCUCCUAUUCUCCUCGGCGAAUACAUUCAACAGGACCAUUGGCACUUGUAUGGUUGUUUAUGGUUGCUGUAGAUGCCUCUUGGCAAGUUCAUCACACGGCGUUAAAUGUACAACACAUUGCAUGGUAUAAGAAACUUCUUUAUAUGAAUACCAUUGCGUUUGGAUGGCUUUUUCUGUUUGGUACAAUUCUUGACAUGUAUGAUUGGGGUUUUUCAUCAUCGGUAGCAUCAUCAACACCAGCGGUGACAGUGUCAGGAAUUACAACAAAAACAAUAAAGAAUGAACCGAAACAAAAGGAAAAGACUGUCCAUGCUUCUGUGCAGUUAAAUGGGGAAAAAUCAAAUGGAUCUAAUCAUAGUAUAACUGCAACUGUAGUAGCAGCGGUAACUACUAGGGUGAAUCCAGUGUUAAGGAAACUCUCUGGUAGUGAAGAAGCAGAACCUUCUGUGAUUGUACCAUCAUUAUCACCCUCAAUGGUGAUGAAAAGUACAAAUUCCUCAAGUGCCUUUGAGAAGGGAAUUACUGAAACCGAUAUGGAAGAAAGAGAAAAUGUUUUGGGAGAAUCUUCAUGUAUAUCACCACCAAGUCGAACGGAGAAGCAAAUGCUUUCUUCCUCUGAUGUUGAUACUGCUCUUGUAAUGGAUAAAAGUAAGAGUCUUGACGUGUCAGAAGUACAAAGUAAAACUACUGCUUUAAUGUCACAGGAGGAAGAGGAAGAGGAAGAGGAAGUCAAGGUCGAAGAAAAAGUGGAAAAAGAAGAGGAAGAAGAAGAGGAAAAGGAAAACGAAGAAGAAGAAGUGGUAGUGAAAACGACAGAGAAAGAGAUAGCACAGACGGUAGGUGAAAGUGAACACUCAUCCCAACAUCAUGCUUCAUCUGAAAAGAGCUCAUCUACACUUUCUGUAGCUAAAAACGAUUCUGGUGUGAUGUUACCAUCAUCCUCAUCAACAUCCUCAUCAUCUAUGUGUAGACGAGAAGAAGUGGAUUCCGAACAGAAAGAAAUAACGGCGCCCUUUUCAGUGGUGGGGGAUACAUCUCAUACAGCCCCGUCAUCACGGUCUAUUCCUCUCUCAGCAUCACCGCAGCAAACAAGCAGUAAUGCAAGUAGUACAGAGCGAAAAAGAAAAAGUGGUGAGGGGAAGAAUAAGAAGAUAUUGCAGAGCACUUCGGUCGUGCAGGAGUCUUCCAGGAAGGAAAGUAAAAGCAAGAAUAUUAUAUCUACACCAAUAACACCUGCUAUUUCUACUAAUACUACUACUACUGCUGCUAAUACUACUACUGCUACUGCUCCAAAGGCCCAACCAAGUGUGAAAAGUGUUUCAGGAAAUACCACAAAAGUAUUGAGUAUUCCACUUCCAAGAGGUAUGAGAGCAAAAGCAGCAACUUUAACUUCUGAAUCAGGAGCAGCAACAGCAGCAGCAGCAACGGUAGUAGCGGUCUCCUCCACAGAGGCAACACCUGCAGCCACCGUAACAACAAAACCCUCCGUACCAUUAUCCUCAACAGAAGCAAACGUUAAGAUUUUAACACCCGCACCCCAAUCAGCACAACGUUCAGUUCCUGAUGGCAUGGAGAGUAGGAGCACUGAAAAUAAUGUUAAAGUAAAUGUUUCGAAACAGGUUGUCUCCCCAACUCCACCUACAUCUAUUUCUACUCAGUCAUUAACACCGGAGUCCAUUGGUCAAAAAAUAAUGUAUACGGAAUUAACAGAGGCAAAGCGAAAAUCAACAGAGAAAAAUACUGUACGUGUGGAUAAAAGGGGUAAUGCUAAAUCUUCAGCUGCGACAUCCUCAAAUUCAUUCAAUACUGCAGAGAUAAAGAGAAACACCGUGGAAGCAUCAGGAACAGGAACUGUAAUGGGUGGAACAAUGACAUCUCGUUUUGAAUUUUCGCGAACUGUUGAGAAGGGUAAGCAAUCGGGACAAGAUGGACGUGAAGCCCCAUCACUCACGAUUCCACAACCUCGUUCAACGCGUGUGAAUGGGCCGACAACCACCUCAACUGCAGCUGCAGCAACUUUCUCUACACAUAUAUCACCGGCAACAACAGCCCCAACAACAACAACAACAUCCCCAAGGAUGACUGGCCUCACCACCAGCGCUAUAGCCGCACUAACUGCUGCACCAAUCAAUGCAGAGAGUGAUGAUUUGUUGCCGUGGGGCACAAUGCUACCAAAGAGGAAUGAUAACAGUAAAGAUGUAUUCGCAUCUCUACAAGACGACUACGCAGGGGAAAUGUCAUCGCACGGUGACGACGACGCGGUGCUCGAUCUCGCACGGCCGCAUCUCGGCGCUCUCGUCGACGGCGCCGCGACUCCACCGCCCGAACCAUCGCGGGCUAUUCCACCAUCCGCCCGUCACGCACUUGAGAGCUUCGCGCGGUCUUGGAUGCAACAGGCAGAUGGUGGCAGCAGCGAAGAAGAAACAAAUGAUGUUCCCGGCACAACAGCAGCAGCCGCGGCCGCAGCAACAGCAGCAGCACUGGCAGUGAAAACAGGACAACAACAUCAACAACAGCAACAUCAUCAGAUAUUAGAGGAUAUGGCAUCACGCGCCUACUCAUCGCAUCGCAUGAGCGGUGGAACGCCUAUGGGACAAACAACUCCAAUGCAAAUGCCGUAUGUGCCUGUCAUGUUUGCAUCUCCAGAAGAACGUGAACGCAUUAACACCGGUGUGUAUCCAUCACUUGGUCCGAAUUCACCACAACACAUGGCAGCCUAUCCUCAGGCACAGGUGCAGCAGCAGGUUCCUAUGGUGCUCAUGCCAACAGGUGAUGGACGAAUGACUCUGUAUCCCAUGGUCACCUCUUUUCACACCCCAGCGCAUGUCAUGGUGCCAGCGCCGCAUCUAAAACCAAGUGCAAUUCAACAACAACAACAACAGCAGCAACAGCAACAACAACAACAACAACAGGGCAUUGUAUACCCUCAAGUUUCUAUUCCUACUCAACAAGUUUACUCUGGAAACUGGACGAACAUGCAUCAACCCUUGAAUUAA